AUGGUCCGCAGCCUCAUCCCCCGCUUUCCCAUCUUUCGCGCCUUUCUUCCACGCAUCGCACAGCCCAUCCUCCCCCUCACCCGCUUCGCUGCCGCGCCCCCACUCGCAGGUGCACGCACACCCUCUACCACCCGCCUCUUCCACCACAUCCCCGCCCGCCUCGCCUCCUCCCGGCCCUCCUCGCCUUCCCCCGAUGACCCAUCCUCACCCGACCCCCCGCCGAACGCCUCCAUCUCACAGCGUCUCAAGCACCUCAUAAAAACCUACGGCUGGUAUGCGCUCGGCGUGUAUAUCUUUCUCUCCGUCGCAGACUUCACCGUCGCCUUUGCUGGCAUCAACCUCAUCGGUGCCGAGCACGUCUCCCGCGUUACCGUCGCCGUCAAGGACUAUCUCACUCGACUCGUGCACUCACGGCCGCCAGAGCCUGGCAGGGAGGAGAUGGAGAGCAUGUCGUCGCAUGCGAGCGCGGGUGGCCAGGAGAGUCUGUACGCCAUGCUCGUGCUCGCGUACACUGUGCACAAGACACUAUUCCUACCCGUCCGUGUGGGGCUGACCGCGGCACUCACUCCACGGCUGGUGCGCUGGCUGCAAGUAAGAGGUUGGGCAGGCGGGGCGGGCACGAAACGCGCUGCGAGGGAGAUGCGCGACCGCAUGCGCAGCGGGCGAGAAAAGGACUGAGCGAUAUCAUGCGUCAUAUAUACCGUAUUAGAGUCCGUAUCCCUACUCAUACACAU